AUGGCAAGCCUGAGGCUCGGCAGCCGGGCUGUCGCUCUCGGGUUUGUGCUUUUGAACAGUCUCCUCCUUACCACAUUUGCUGCUGGUAACUCGACUAAUACCACCACAAUUGCCUCGAGCUCCUACACGAACAGCGAUGUCAAGAUUGCGAUUAACGUCCCGGAAGGCGACCAGAAGACGGAUUUAUACUUCAAUUUCGAGGCACCUGCAGAUCACAAAUGGGUUGGGUUUGGUAUUGGCAUGACCAUGGACGACUCCCUGAUGUUUGUGGUCUAUCGAUCACAAGAUAACCAGGGAGAACCCACAGUCUCUCCUCGAACGACCAACUAUCAUAAUAUGCCUGAAUUCUACAACGAGACGACCGUCAAUGUGCUCGAAGGAUCAGAAGUGACGAAUGACAAGUAUGUCGUUCGCAUGCAUUGUAAGAGUUGCAGAAAUUGGGGCGACGGCGGUCUGGACACAUCUGGUAGGAGACAGAGGUUCUUCUACGCGCUGGGUCCGAGUGGGGACGAUCUCAAAUCCGACGACUCGAAUGCGCGGAUCGACUCGCACCCAGGUCACCCGUCGCAAUUCAUGCUGGAUAUGGUUGAAGCGACAGGCACGAAUGGUGUUCCAGCAUUUGAGAUGAACGAUGAUACCAGUGACGAUAGCGGCGAUGACGACGAUGAUCGUAGAGGUCCCUUUGGCAGUGGUGACCUGUCAAGAGGUGUUGCUUUCCACGCCUUCGUCAUGUCUUUCGCGUUCAGCAUUGUCUUCCCGCUUGGUUACCUCUUCUUACGACUCCUCGAAAGAGUGUGGAUGCACUACAGUAUCCAAGCAUUCGGGACUUUGCUGGUCUUUGCAGGCGUAGGUUCUGGCAUUAUGGUCUCAAAGAGAGAGAACUUGUCUCCCAACAUGACGCACCCUCAUCAGAUCGUUGGUAUCGUCGCCUUCGUCAUCGUCCUCGCUGCUCUAGUGCUUGGAGGAAUUGGCCAUGUUCACUUUAAGAAGAACGGCACACCGAGCCCCUUAAUGAAAGGUCACAGGAUCGUUGGACCACUCUCAAUCACACUUGGCACUGUCAACGCCUGCUUGGGUCUCGCUUGGGCUGGAAGAACAAGAGCUAUCGUAGGCUACAUCGUCUUCGACCUGAUCGUUAUUGCCAUAAUAGGUGCUCUCCUGUUCUGGAACAGAAAGCGCAAUAUGCGGAGAAAUGCACGGAAUACACCUGCGGCACAGAACUUCAGAGGCGCAAAUUUGGCAGCAUACUCGCAUGUUCGCAGUGGAAGUGCGAAUGAGAACCAAUUUUCGGCUCCUCCACCAUCGUACGAUAGCCACAGAGGGAAUGGACAUUCGGAGCAGCACGUGCCUUUGAGAAGGUUUGAGCAGGAACAGCACGGGCCGACAGAGUAUUACAGUGUGCAGCCAAACAAAUAA